UAUUUUCUACUAGUAUUCAGCUAAUUAACGAGGAACUUUUAAUUGUUAACAUGGCAACAUUUUUCUGUCAAGGUCAAUGUCAUUGUGUUGUCAAAAAAGUUUAAAAAGUUGUUGAACUUUGCGACUUAAUCUUUGGAAAAAGUUUUAAAACUGUAUAAAAAAAUAAUAAAUAAUAUGUCAGUUGUUGUAAUUGCUGUAGCCACUGAAAGUGGUGUGCCAAUAUUUUCAAGGAAACGCGGUAAUAAUGAGAACGUACAGUUUUCCACCAUAGCGUCACUCCAUGGCAUCAACAUGUUUAGUAAAUGUCACAAUUUAUCCAUGCUCAACACACAAGUUGAUAAUGGAACUAUUCUCUGGAAAGAAUAUUGUAAAAGUGUCACAUUAAUAGGUGUCACAACAGGUGGAUUGGAAUGUGACCUAGAACUUCUACUGUCCUGCGUUCACGAUACUAUGGUCUUCUGCAUAGGAAAGAAAGAGCUGGAAAAUUUAAAGAACAUUGACCAAAUAAAAAGGGACUUGAGACAGUGUUACCCUAUCUUGGACUAUCUACUGGAGUCUUUAGAUCCCAAUACAUUGUCAAGUCCACUUCCAACAUUAGUUCUGGAUUUGAUACAAAGCAUUUUAUGCCCACAAGCGCAGCAGCUACAGCAAGCACUGGACAAUUACGCAGAAAGUGUGACAGGCAGAUGGGCUUGUCUUAUAAUCCAUGGUCACCUAGUUGCCACCAGUUCGGAUUUCUAUGAACUUGAUCCAAGAGAAGCGAGACUCAUGUUGUUGCUGGCAGCCGCACAGGAUGGUGCACCGUUACGGGACACUCCUGUGUAUUUACCGCAAAUGAGUCCCAAUGUAGCAUUCAGAGCGGUGACAUGUAAACUUCUUGCUGAUGUUUACAUUCUUGUUGUGUGCGGAGCAACCCCGGCGUUGUCACAGAUUGACGAAAUAGUUCUGCAAUGCUGGGAAAGUUAUGCAUCAAUUAUAAAAGAAGCAAAGCUCGUUCACCCUCGGAAUUUCCCUAUGAGCUUGACAUUUGAACCAUGUGUUUUAGGAUUACUUGUAAUAAACAUAAAUAAGCGUCGUUGUGUAUUUUCACGGCACUUACACCUAUCAAGCCAAAAAGGUAGAGGAAUGUCAGGGGCACAUAGAAUGGACAUCCUACGGACUUUUUACGUGACAUCUGCAAGAGAUUUAGCACCAGAAUUAAAACUUAAAGAUGGGAAUCACAAAGAAUUAAAUGACGAGAUUGGCAAUAUGUGCGAAACUUAUUGGUGUUCAGAAUAUCACAAAUGUCAUGCACAAAGAUCUGGUAAUAUUCUGUGCUGCGCACUUUAUGCAUCGACAGUGCAAUUGCACACUAUCAGAUUAAUAACAAGCCAAAUACUGCAAGAUUUGAGUACCAAUAAAGAUGUUUACUGGUGAAGAGAUGUUAUGUAUUCUAUGAAUGAUAAGACUGAACCCAUGUACAUGAUGUAAGAUCACAUUUAUUAGUGAUGCCAUAUAGUGGAAUCUUUAAUGUUUAAGUUGAAGAAGAAUAGCUUCUUAUUUAUUAAGAAGUAAAAUACAAAUGUAUA